GCCUGACUGGUGUAAAGUAGUGAGGAGGCGUCCGUCCAAACAGGAACUAACUGGGAAAACACACCGAAGUGAUGUAUUUAGUCCCGACACACGGACACCUCGCUCUGCUAAACUACGAACAAACAACCGGGCGGAUUCUACAAACUACUUUUCCUCCGUGUCGGAGGCCUCUGGGCGGCUCACGGUGAACUCCAGCCCGCAGUGAGCAGCGCUGUUUGGGUGCUGACGAGAGGAGGAAGGCGGUGGGGGGCUGUCACAGCAGCAGGCUAGGCUAGGCUAGGCUAGGCGAUUAGCACGCUAGGCUAACAGCUUCAGCCCCCAGAAAAGCCUGAACUUGGAGAAACUUUGUCAAAAAUCAGUCGAUUAAUCGGCUCCUCCGGAAACACCUGAGAACAUUAAAACAUCGCUAAUUUGCCGCCAAAACAAAGGUGUUAGCCUUCCAGUGUUAGCAUUGCUAGUUAGCCAGCUAGUUAGCUACUUAGCUCCCACCAGUGUUGUCAACACAUCCAGGCUGUGACAGCAGGGGUGUAGCGGAGAGAAACAUCCACUGUAACGUUAUCCACAGAGAUACUUAACUUCUACUUUAUGUUAAUGGACAUUAAUUAGCAAUAGCAUAUUAAUUAGCACCAAGUUAUAUGCGGCUAAAGGCUGUGAAGGCGCCUGUCAGUGCUGUCUGAAACAUAAAUCUGUUUUAUGUCGGUGUGUUAUUGGACGGUGAUUUUCGGGUUGAGCUGAACUUUUAAUUUCUCCGUGCCGUGUGUAGUUAGCAUGGAGGCUCUGGAGCCUGGCAGCGGCAGCGGCAGCGGCAGCGGCAGCGGCUCGGAGCGGUUACAUAACGCCAGCAGGUCGAGGGAGAAGCUGCUGCACGUCGCCUCCUCCUCAGCCUCCUCAGCCCGGCUCUGACAGCUGUAAACUGCUCCGACAUCCUCCCCACCCUCCACCCACCCCCCCAAUAGACGGACGGACAGACAGACAGACAGACAGACGGAGACACAGAGACACAACACAACACAACAACAAGCACACAGCAGCAUGGAGCAGAUCUGAGCCUGCAGGGACACAGAGACACAACACAGGACACAUUUCGCUCAAGAUGGAUUCAAACCCGCUGAUAAACGCCAUGGACCCCUCCAUCACGCUGUGGCAGUUCCUGCUCCACCUGCUGGAGGACCAGCGACAGCGUCACCUGAUUUCCUGGACAGGUGAGGACGGAGAGUUUAAGCUGCUGGACGCCGAGGAGGUUGCACGACUGUGGGGACUCCGCAAGAACAAGCACAACAUGAACUACGACAAGCUGAGCCGAGCGCUGAGAUACUACUACGACAAGAACAUCAUAAAGAAGGUGAGCGGUCAGAAAUUUGUGUAUAAGUUCGUCAGUCAGCCCGACCCCUCCCUGUCUGAGGGGCUACGCACUGGAGAGGAGGGCCAGAGGAGGGACACCGCUGACCCCAACAGCCAAUCAAAAGGCAUCGGGGGCGUGGCCUCAAACUGUCAAUCAAAGGGCUUACCCCAGCGUUCUUCACCCAGCGGCCCCCAGAAAAGUUCUCGUAACGACUACAUGAAGUCCGGUCUCUACUCCACCUUCACCAUCCAGUCACUGCAGGCCUCACCCAACCCACGGCCAAUCAAAACAGAGCUGCUGCUACAGCAAGACCCCGCCCCCAAGCUUGACCGCACGCCCAGAGAGGUCUGUGUGUUAUCAGAGUCUAAGUCCUCUCCGUCAGUGGGUGGAGCUGUUGACUCUGCUCUCCAGGUGAUUGUCACUCAGCCGUCUCCGUGUCCGACUCCGGCUCUCAGCCCCCAGAUACCAGCCAACACCACCAGCCAAUCACAGAAUCCUCCUGCACCUCCUCUGAGUGACCCUCCUCAGAUUUAUCUCACCAGCGUCACGGACCCAUCCUCCCUCACCCCCCUCAUCCCCCUGGGUCCUGUUGGGGGGUCAGUGAGUCCGGCACCUCCCCCCCACAUACCAAUGGGCCUCCAGGGGCCUCAGCAGGACGACUGCGGGGGAGUCAACAACCCGGCCAGCUUUCCCCCUCACCCCCACACUGCUCCUCACCCCCAUACUGCUCCUCACCCGUCUCACCCUCCACCUGUCUUCGUCAUCAUCAACCCCCCUCCCACCCAGCAGCAGCAGCAGCCGCAGCAGCCGGCGGCCGUGGUGGCUCCUCCUCCCUCUGUUCCUCCCCCUGCACGUCCUCCUCCUCCACCAAUCGUCAUCAAGGAGGAGACCCAGCCAUCAGAGGAGGACUUGCUGGAGAUGGUGUCUAUGGGGGAGAAACAGGUGGAGCAGGUCCCUCAGCUGGUCUGUGGCCCGGGGGAUCCAGAGCCCCCCCUCACCAUCGUGGAGAGCCCACCCCCUCCCUGCAUGGAGCCGGGAGUCGGAGGUCAGCAGCCUGCAGGGGAGGGGGAGGGCAAGGACACGCUAACAGAUCCCUCCGUCCCUCCAGUGACCUCCUCCUCAGCGGUGACCUCUACGGUGACCUCAGAGGCCGCUCCUCCCAAACCAAAGAAGCCGCGGGGCCUGGAGCUGCCCUCCUCCCCCUCCCUCCCCCCAGGCCUCUCCCUGGAUAAGGUGAAUGCAGCUGUUAACAGUUUAUUGGCUCCCGGAUCAGCGACCAACACGCUCACACCGACUGUCAUCACCUCCCACGCUCUGACUCCGGUCCUGCUGACUCCCAGUCCUCUUCCCUCCACCAUCCACUUCUGGAGCACACUGAGUCCCAUCGCUCCGCGCUCCCCGGCCAAACUCUCCUUCCAGUUUCCCACUAACGGCAGUAAUCAGAUCCACAUCCCGGCUCUGAGCGUUGACGGUCUCUCCACCCCCGUGGUUCUCUCCCCCGGCCCCCAGAAACCCUGAGCUUCCUGCCCGCCUCAUGCAGCUCCUCACCGGGCUCAGGACUCACAUCACCUCCCGCAGGGUCGGAGGACAACUGGAUCUGGGACUCUCCACUCAAACCAGGAACCACAUAGUUUUUGGGCGCUGUCGCCUGACUGGUAAGACUGGUAAGACUGGGAGAUUUGGUGGUUUAUGGGGACCUUUUACUGUUGGAAUAUUCGCAGCUGGAGAAUCAUCGUCCAAAACAGACUGAAGUCCCAGUUUGGUGAACGCUGGAGACGCCGCAGCCUCUGAACUCCUCUGCUGACAGAAUAUUUUAAAGAUGCAGGUGGAUGUCUGGGCUUCAUCCUCCUCUAACCCUCAUUUCUUUCAGAGGUUUCAUAGCGGCGCUCAAACGCCGUGACGGGGUCGUGGAAAAAACGGGACGCUUCUCUUGACUUGAACGCAUCUGGAGAAGCCAACAGAAAAGAAAUCACGUGACGACAGAUGAGGUGGAGGGAUUCCUCUUCUUCUUCUGCUGAAGGCUGCAACCACCAACAAGACUUUAGGACAAAGAUAGUUUUUAACAGACGUGACUGUUCUUCUGUGAACAACAGAAAAAGAUUUAUUUUGAGAUAAAAUGGAGAAAAGCAGCAAACUGGAAAAACACUGAUUUAAUAUUGUCGGACUCACUGAAGAGCUUCAGGCCAGUGAGACGCCGCUUCCUGUCAGUUUGUCACAUCUUUAAUGGAGGUUCGACCUGAGCCUCGUUAAUAUUCAUGAGGAAACUUCUGGAGACGCAGAUUUAUCUCAGAUCUUCUUUUCGGGGGUUUUUUGCUCGUCAUCGUCUGUUUUUUUUAAAACGUGGUUAUUUAUUUCUGUUUCUCUGCAGAUUGUUUAAAAUGACUCGGCGUUGUGGCUCCUGACUGUCGAGGGCGCGCUUGAUUUGAUGACUCCCUGAUGACUUUUACUCGUUUUAUAAACUCACCUCUGACGGAUCCCUUCAGACUUUAAGGGCCAUAUAAGGGUUUUUGCUUCGCUCUUAUUGGCCGCUUUUGUAAAGGCCACGCCUUUCUCCAGUUAUGCAUGGCCUGUUAUUGGACUGAACUCCUCAGCAUUAUUUUUGAACUGACCAAUCACAGAGGAGGGAUGGUGAUGAUGGUGAUGAUGAUGAUGAUGAUGGUGAUGAUGGUGAUGAUGAUGAUGAUGAUGAUGAUGAUGGACCUGAGCUGCAGGCGCUCAGAGAUUUUAAACAGCCAAGUUCUUUCUCUGUAAAAGUUCCUGUGUGUGACAGAUUGCAUAUUUUCUGCAGGAGAACAGAGAGUUUAUUAGUCACAUUCCUUCGGCUCUAACGCGCUGACAGAGGGGUUCGUUUUACUGAUUAAUCUCUGCUAAUCAUUUUAGUUUCAGCGUUCAUUCCAGAUGUAAUGUAGAUGUUUGUUGAGCAGCUCUGAUGAAUGUUUUGUUCCUGAAAGCCUCGGACUCAUGGUGUUGUAACUCUGCAGUGAUGUUGCCACAAGUUUUUAUGAGAACAAUCAGAUUCAUUCAGACGCCGCAGUUCAGUUAAAGACUUUUGAACACUUUGAAAAAUACUUUUCAGCUUCUGUGUUUCAGUUCGAGUGUGACUCGUCGUGGACUCUGUAAAGUGGCUUCUCAUCAUUUGGACUUUCACAUUAAUGUUCCUCAUGGCUUUGUUCACAUGACGGCACAUCAGGUCAGAAAAAUGCGCACACUGUGUUUGUUUACUAGAAAGUUCUUCUGUUUUUUGAUUUGACGAGAGGAGGCAUGACAGAGUUAGUCUGUCUGUAGAAAACUAAAACUGCACCAAUAUGGCAACAUGUCGGGUACAGCCCUGGUGCAUGGCUAACGUCACAACAGUCAAAGAGAAUGCAUUAAAUGGUCCUAAGUGGCCUUGCUUUAGAAAAGUCAACGGCGUCAAGGAAAAAUACAUGUGGGACGCUAAUACGCCAAAACACUGAAAAAUAUAAAAAUGUUUUUGUUAUCUAAACUUCUUUUUUUAAAUUUUAUUUGCGGUCAGAGUGCAGAAUUGAAAAAUUCAAACGAUCCCCAACCCUGACGCCACAUUUAUGGAAAGAGGUGCACGCUCUGAGCGCCGUAUUUGGAGACUCUACCCAGCUCUUUUUAUCAAAUGGCAACUAAACUGUUUCCCUGACAACCGACGGCAAGAUGUGGUCGAAAGCUUCAGAAUAGGUUGGGAAGUCAGUGGAUUUACCUGCAACAGUGAAGUGAACCUGCAGCACUCUGGCCAAUAAGAAUCCCUCCUGACAGCUGACCUGCGUGCAGCUCAUUCGCCGUGCGUCACUGACGCUCCUCUGACGUUUUAAACUUGUGGCAACAUCAUCGUCAUCCUGCACACGCCCCAAAAAACAGCUGCAGUUUUUACAAAACACAAAGUGACUCUGUCAUGUGUCACGGUUCUCCUAAAAAGACUGUUGUCGUUGUUGUUGUUGUUGUUGUUGUUGUUGAUUCUGAUGCUAGCUGAGCUCUGUGGUUGCCACGGUAACCUGACCCGACUGUUGUUGCUGCCCUGCAGGUUGUUGUUAUUGUUGUUGUUGCUGCGGAGCGUCUGAAGCUCCUCCCUGUGAUGACGCUGUUAACGUGUUGCAACGCUUCUGUGUGUGACGACGAGGCUGCUGAUACACACACACACACACACACACACACACACACACACACACACAGCUGGACCAUCAGGAGCUGAGUGACGCUGAUGUCGUUUAUUAGCUUUAAUCUGUAAAAACAACAUAAUAUAUAAUAUUGUCAGCACGCUGCGAAAAGUCCAGACAAGCCAAAAACAAAGAUCUUUAGUUUCAGAAGAAUUAUUUUAUCUUUUAUCAGGAUCGACAUUCAAACUGUACAAACAUGUAGAAACAUGUUCUGACUGACUGCAGGGCUUCAGAGGAGAAACAGUCAGACACUGGUCAGUGUUACCAGACGCCACGUGCUGCACGGUGUUACUUAACAGCGUUUGGCACGUCCAGGACGACGUACACGUCACACACUACUGUGGAAAAGUUCGUAAUCUGCUGCCACAGAAGUCAACGUGAUCCUGUCCGCUGUGUGAGAGGACUCGUCUGUACGUCUGAAUGAAAGUCCUCUUCACAAACACAUGUUCCAGGUAUUGUCAGAAUGAAACUCAUGUUGGAUGUGAUCGACACAAAACAUAGAAGAUUUGAGUUUUCCUACAACCUGACCGAUUUGACCGGCGUGGAUACGAUCGUCAUUAGAAAUGACCUCGUCCUCCAGACCUCCGACUGUUACUAACGUGACACGGUGAGCUGAUGAAAGCGUACAAGCAUGUGUUUCGGAACGUAUUUUCGCCGAGGGGUGCUGUGCAGUGGUGUGCGCCCAUAUGAGGGCACGCUUAGGUGAGACAGCUGUGAGCUGCAGACCGCUGUUCAAGACCAACAAACAGCAAAACCUUUCUUUAGUGAAACAUCGACAGCAUUUCCAGCCAUGCUUGUGCCACCAAAACACGAUCUGUUCCUGACCAUAGCCAAGAGUUCUUGUGCCUAAACAUAACCACACGUUAACCACAAUGUUAUCCGUUACGUAAUAAGGUACAAAUGUUCUGCGUGGUUUACACAAACCUACAAUUGAACAUUUAUUCUGGCGUCUGAGUUUAGGAGUUACUGCUCAGGAAAACUGCUCAGAUGUUUUUACAUUGGUUGUUCCAUUCGUCCAAAGAAUCUGCGCUCCCUCUGCUCAGACACAUCUCUCUGGACUGCAUGUGCCAAAAAAUUAAAUAUUCCCUUGUGAAUGGUGUCGACAUCCAGUCGUCUGUUCGCUUAAGCCGCUCACGUCCCCUCGGCAACUUACCUGCUCCAUUAUCAAGUGCUGUGAAAACGUCCUGAUGCAUAUGCCCCGGCAUUUUCCAAGAUAAUUCAUGGAUCUAAAAAGCAGCUCCAAAACUGUCCCGGCAAUAUUCUGAUCUCUUCAGCCGUCCUCUCAUCUUACGCUGUUUAAAAUGUUUAGAUAAAUGUUUAAUCUGCAGGUGAUGGUAAAAUAACUCACUCAAACUGUUUACAGACCGUGUUGUUCCUCCCCUUGUCAAUAGGGGGUGCUGCAGCACUUACAGCACCCACCUUCCUGCGCCCUUGCGUACAAGAGUCCAGUGGACCACAGGAUCAUCCAACUCUUUAUGUAUUCAUACUUCUCUAUGUCCAGUUCACACAGUCCGUGGAUUAAUCACUUCCUGCCCUCCAUCAGAUUUUGGCGUGUCGUAACAGUCAUGUGAUCGGAGACGAGCUGUUUGUGUUGUAAUGAUGACGGGGGGUCACUGACACUUUUCUGCACUGUAAAAUAUUGACGUAAAGAAGAACAUCAUCAGUAUAACAGCUGAUUUUAAACAUAUCAACAGUUGUGUUCUUGGCUUGUUCAAACUUUUCAGCAGCUGCUUUCAGUGUUUCAGCUCUGAGUUAUUUUACAGCUGAUUGAAUCUCUGACGUGUUGGAGCUCAGUCAAUCAGCUGAUUGAUCAGCCUGAACAGAACCAGCCAUCAGAUUCAACCUGAGGAGACGUUUAUAUAAAACUCUAAAUACAUGAAUAACUCUCAGCCUCACAUCAGCUCCUGACGGUGUGAUUUCCCAGCCUCGGCGGUGCCGUGAACGCAGCACCAAGCCAUCGUGUUCGACUGUUCUCUCCUUUUACAGCAUGACUCUAUUUUUCUAUCAGAGACCACGACGUGUUUCUAUUGUGUCCCGAGUUUAAAGAGCGACGAAGCCUUAAAGAGUUCAGAGACGCAUUGUCAUCGUUUUUUAAAGAGAUAUCCUCCACGUGAUGAUGAUGAUGAAGAAAAUUAAGCCAUUUCUAGAGAAGAGCUGAACUUUGGACGAAGGUUUGGAGUCCGACAUCUAUUAACGUUUCUCUCACCAGCAGAACAUGAGAAUGUUUUUAUAUUGAUUAGUAACAGCGCUGCAUUCUGGGUAAUGUUUCAGCUCGGCGCUGCCCAAGGCGACGUUAGAACACUGUAAAAAAUAAUGUGCCACUUCAAACAGUAACUAUAGUAUCACAGGAUCAAACAGUAGAUAGUCUGAUUAAAACCUGAUCACAGUAUUGAUCGAGGUGUCAAGAUUUCCUGUGGCGUCAUUGAAAUCUGAUUCAUCCAGUGAAAACAAAGAGAAACAAAAGUUUGGAUCUGAUGAAUGUGAAACUAACAUCAGGAGUUUCUUAUUAAAUCUGGCACAUUAUUUUUCAGGUGUUGCCGCAGAGACGGACGGACGGUCUGUUCGUACAGACGGAUCCUAAAUGUUUGCAGCGUCUUGUUUCAUUGAAGGUCGUCUGUCUGCGGCCGCAGAGUGAAGACGAUCUCAUGUUGUUAAAUGCAUCAACAUGUUUGUUUCAUUCUCUAAAGUUUCUCUACAUUUCUAUAAAAAAGUGUAACCUGGAGAUUUCUGUCUGAUCAGCUGUGUCGCCGAGGAUACGACACAGCUGCUGUCGCCAUGGAGACGACUCCAUCCUGCUCUGUGAUGAAGCAGACCGCUGAAAGUGAAACUAUUAAUGAUCGAUGAAGAUCAUCCUGUGACUUAAGCAAAAAGCUCUCUGAUUGGAUGAUCCUUUGACCUUCUUCACUCAGUGACUCGAGAUAAAUUCACUUGGCCAAAAGUAUGUGGACACAGCUGUCAUUUAAAAAACAUCCAUUUGGAUCAAAUGAGAUGAUAAUGAUAAUAAACUUUAUUUAUACAGCACUUUUCUAACAGCGUGACAAAGUGGUUUUAUUAAAAACAGCACAAAAUAGCAAAAAAAUACAGGGAUGCACAAUGUUGGAUUUUUUGCCGAUGUGCUGAUAUAUGACAGCUGAUUUGGCUUCGACCUGAUACUGAUAUAUCCACUUUGUUCCCACCUGAUUUUAGUGAUCAAGUCUCUUCUGUCGUGGAACUAACAUCAUAUUAUACAAACCGACUCUGAUGGUGACGGCCCACCUGGAGGUGCAGCUGCCUCUCCCCCACAGGGCUGUAGGCUCCAUAGGAGUGUUAAAAUGUGUUUGUCUUGUUGUGUUAUUGGGAGCCAGAAUAGAAGGAGUCAUGGCUCAAAACCAGCCGCCACUGCCCGUCAACAAAAACAAAGACAACUAUGGUUAAAUGUGAUAAGACCAAAGGACUGGACGGAGGCCAUCAUCAAAAAUGCUCACAUGUGCAGCGCACACUUCAUAUCAGGUUAGGGAAAAAGUAUUUCCUGUUGUAGGGAUGAAUAAGGUUAUGUGUAUUAAGGGUUAUCAUGUCCACCUCAUCAGAAACUGGGGAGGGAUUAAGAGGAAUAUUGGAUUUCUCUGGAACGCUAACUUUUUAGCACAUUAGCUAACGUUAGCUUCCAUAGCAAAACAAACAAGUGUGGUCCUCCUUUGUAAGAUUGGCUUCCUGUGACAUCAUCCAUCCACUGAGUGAGAGCAUACGGGUCGGCCAGUCUGGUCCCGUUGGUCAGUGUUUACUUAUUCAAGUAACACUGGCGGUCCCGGAGAGUGAGUGACCUGACAUGGUGCGUUGGUAAAUUCAGUCUGACGCUCUACACUAAAAUGAGAGCCCUGUUGGUGGAAGAAACGGAGCGUUAUAUUUCUACAUGAAUGAACCAACGGUUAAGUUAAUCACACAUUCACUCCGCUCGGCGCUCUGCUGCUCCGUCUCCACAGACAGAGUGUCCAGAGUGCGCUCUGCCACUCUGAGAGUGCGCUGCUCUGGAUAACCCAACGCUACAUUCAGACAGCGCUCCCAAUUUAUCAACGCUCCAGUUUGUGUCAGAGUGCGCUCCCACACUCACAAUGAGUGUUUGUGAACGCACCACUCACAUCAUCUUCCUCCAUCGUCUAAAACAAGACAACACAACUUGUUAGCUAGCGCUAGCUAAUGUCUGUGGAGAACUGUUUUGCCUCCAGCUAAGCCCCGCCCACCAAAAAUAUGUCCCAAUGUUUACUAACAGUAAAAGGGUCUAUAAGAGUACUGUUAAAGUACCUGAUCAAUAAGCAGUAUCAGUAAGAGUAGUUUAAAUUUAAAAAACAAAACAAAACUGAUGUGCAGAAUCGAUAAAUAACUUCCUGCUUCAACAUGAAAACAAAAAAACAUGAAGUCAGUUUUUAAACAGAAGACAUUCUGUCCACAUACGUUUGGCCAUGUAGUGUCUUUUCAUUGAAACAUGAUCUCUUGAUGUUUCUGACAGUCCCAUGAUGCUUUGCAGCAGGAUGGAGUCGCAGGUGGAUGAUGUCAGGUGGUUUCUAAGAGCUAACAGUUUUUCUGUACAUAAAUAUAACCUGAACAUACAAAUCUAUAUAUUCUGUACGACGGAGGAGGAGUGUUGAUGACGUGUUGUUUCGUGGCCUAUCGUCACUGUCAGAUCCUGCGUGGCCCCGCCCCUCCUCGGCUGUGACUGGCUGAGGGGUUUAUUGAUGUAAAGGGGCGGGGCCUGCUUUUAUUUUUCUUAGACAGAGUUUUAACAUGUUCCACGUGUCAUUUACUGGAAAAAAAAUUAAAAGAAAAGCUAUUUUUUAUGGACAUGACUUUAGUUUCUGUUUGAGUGUAAAUGUUCAAAGAUGAUUCCUCUGGUUUUCUACAAGCUGAGAGCUCUCUCACACACACACACACACACACACACACACACACACA